GCCGGCGAGGCCAGAUCGACCAUCACAGGCUAUGUGGAAAGAGCUUCGACGGGCCGAGAUCGGCCGUUGUCCUCGCGAACUACGCAGUUUCCGUCCGAGGGACAUCGACAGGUCUUCACUUGCGGCUGCGGGCACCUGAGCGCCGAGCUGCUCUGCUCGCUUUUGCUGCAGCGCGGCAUCGCCAGCAUUCUUGACGUUCGUGAGCUG